UGUUCAGAGAAAGGCCGCAGUGAAGAAGGCCCCAGUGGUCGACAACAUCGGCUCCCCGCGCCAAGCUGUGGACGACGCUGGCACCUCACGGCACGCAGACGUCUCCCGUGUUUUCCCGCCGGAAUCCCUGCCCGCCAAGUGUAAGAACAUCGCCAAACAGAACACGACAACAACCAGCGCGCUCAAAUCACACGGGGAUUUCAAGAUGGCGGACAGCUUCAAACCUUCAACGUCAAAGUUUUUCAUGGAGCAGUCGGGUUCUCCGGCGCCCAGAGCAGUAGACGUCACCGGCUCUCACGUUUUAAGCACCGAGCACAAUAAAUACACCCCACACGCUCACGGGGUGGGGGAGGACGUGAGGGCCAAACGGCAGAGCAUCCCGGCUAUAGUGGAGUCCGACUUUGAGAGCGGCGAGGAGGAGAUUCUGAUGCCGACGAUGCUGGGCAAACGGCGCAUGCCGAAGAGAACCGGAGGGAUGGUCUACCAGUUGAAGGAGUCAAAGCUACACACAGACCCGUACCAGCCGCUCGACGUGGUCGGGACCUCACAGCCGUUUCACGGGACCUCACAGCCGUUUCAGGGGACCUCACAGCCGUUUCAUGGGAUCUCACAGCCGCCUGAAGUGUUUUCAACAGCCGACGAUUCUCUGGCCGCUCUAAACGUCAACAACACACAUUUAACAACAUUAAGACCCCCAGCCAAUCUGAGUCGGCGGGCCACGACACGAGAAAACAAAACGCUGGACUUAAAUAAAAACUGGACGCCGGACAAGACCCGGAGUCUAGAUGACGUCAUCAGCUUGACCGAUGAGAUCACUGGGUCCCCCAACCAAUCAACUGGACCCCAAGGGGACAGCGACAAUUGUAGCGACAAGAGGCACGAGGACUACAAACAGAACAUCAACUCCAACUACGAAGACGACGGUGGCGAUGAGAUUUGUGCCAGCGCUUUCAUCGGUCAAUACUUGUACGAGCUGUGGAAGAACCAGUGUCUCUGUGAUGUCAGAAUAAGGGUUGGAAAGAGUUCGUAUUUAGCUCACAAAAUUGUGCUCGCGGCCUUCAGUGAUGUGUUCUGUCCAAAUGAGCCUCAGAAACUGCCGUCGUUAUGUUUCGACAUCCCCAACUCCACGCCAGAAGCCGUUUAUCAGAUUCUCCUGUACCUGUACACCUCGGAGAUGGAACUGACCGAUGGUAUCCUAGAAGAAGUCUUGAAUGCCGCGUGUUUCAUGGGCAUCUGGGAAGUGAUCUGCUUGAUCAAAGAGAUCCUGUCAAAACCUACGUUUGAAAACUUUGGGAUGUACAUGGGCAUACGAGAGCGCCAAGGCAUGUCAUGUGGUCUCCUCGACUUCCCUGACAUUGUGCGUGAGCACCUACUGGAACUGGUCGACACGCCCCACUUCCUCAACCUGACCAUAGCGGAUCUGGAGACCUUGCUCAAGGACCCGGACAUCAUGGUGGAGUCCGAGACGGACAUCGUGCACGUCAUCUCCAAGUGGAUCGAGUACAACCCGUUCCACCGCAUCAAGUGCGCCGCCCGUCUGCUAAGUCUGGUCAACUUCGACUGCAUGCCGCCAGAGACGCUCUUCGACAUCGUGGAGGAGAAGAAACACCUGUUUGAUAUUGACGCCGUCCAGGUUUUGCUAGAGGCCUUCAAGAACCACGCGCUAAAGCCCAAAGAUCCAGCACACACACCUGUACAGUCACGUGGGUUUAGUGACAAGGAUAAGGACCGGAAAUGCGGCUCCUGCGGCUCCGAGUCCAACCUGCAGCAGAUGGAGCCAAUGUUCUCCUUCACCGAGAGACGAACCUCCGACUCACAGGUCAAAUCCUUCAGAGAAAUCCGAGACCAGUUUGCUUCCCAGCGUCAGACCGAGGCACGGCGCAUGUGCCCAUGUCCAUCUCUCACCCGGACAACCAGGGACAACCCGGACUUAGACAACCCCUUGCCCUCCAGGUUGACGGUGAAGAAGUCUACGUCGCGUGGAAUAGAAAAAGGCGGGAUGCGAGCAGACGAGAAAGGCCUGCAGCGUGCAGACGACGAGUACCGCAACCCGUACAAGGGCGAGGGCAGGGGUCAACACCCGGACGAGGGGCGAGCUGGGCGUGAGUACAACCUGGGUUCGACGCACGGGAAGUUCCGGACAGACGAGGACAGCGCGCCCAGCAACCAGCGCAGCGCUGAGGCACCCAGGCGGAACUUGGACCGCCGGAACAGGAACAUCAACGGGAUCAAAUCCUCGCCAGGCUACGACGUGGUAGACAGGAGCCGCCAGCCCAGUGUAGAAGACAGGAGCCGCCAGAUUGUUCUAGACGACAGGAGCCGUCAGUCGAGCCUGGAGGACAGGGGGCGCCAGGGGAGCCUCGAUGACGGGGGGCGCCAGGUGAGUUUUGACCCCAGGUGCUGGCAGAACAACAACGAGUCCAAGUCCACGUCUGGGCGCGGGGGCUGGAACACUGCCUCAGGGAUGGUUGAGGAGGAGGAUGAGGAGGAUUUCCUCCCUCCCCCUCCCAGCAAGCGGAACGUGAGGCGCAGGGGCGACAUCAUCAAGUCCUAUUCAUCACCAGGGGAAACAAGCGGCUCCGACAAAUUGUGUCGAAAGAAGGUGACUUUUUUCUAACAUUGCUGCAAGCAUUAGUACACACCAUUCACCUAACCCUAACUGAAGUCAAUGUGAAAUUUAUUUACAUAACGACCAGUUGAUAAGGGAUAUAACCAGAGAAUAAUUUUUUAAGUGAUAUUUUCUGGUAGUGUACCCUAGAAAGAAGCGACAGCGCCCAUAUAAAUAACUUAGAAUUCAACGUCAUAUACGCAUAAUUUUGAAUAUAUUUUCCCAAUUUUGGAUACGUUUUGCCCAAUUUUGGAUACGUUUUGCCCAAUUUUGGAUAAGUUUGACCAAAUGUUGGAUACGUUUUGCCAGAAUUUGAGUCUGACCACAUGACCCCACCAGCCCCUGUAUGAGUUUGGGUCACACGAGUUGCUGAACUUGACGAACUAACUUGACGUAGCUGACCGUGGGUUUCGAUAUGUGUUGGUCAGCCACUAUCUCAUACUUGGGUUGGCUAUCUCAGACUUGGGUUGGCUAUCUCAGACUUGGGUUGGCUGCCUCAUACAUGGGUUGGCUAUCUCAUACAUGGUUCGGCUAUCUCAGACUUGGGUUGGC